GCCAACGGUCACACUUGCAUACUUUUAUUUAUUUUGCACGCAGUAAAACGGGAAACAAUUUGUCUGUGAUUGAAUUAGCCUAAUUAGAAAAGCAAAAGCCAGCCGAAAGAGCCAAAGAUGAGCAGCCAGCGCGGCAACGUGAGUCGCACACGUGCGCAGAAGCACAAAAAUCGACAUGUUUUCAAGAACGACCUGCACGACAAGACGCCCCAGCAAAUCCGGCUGAAUGCGAUGCACGUGUCCACCGUCUGUCAGCGGUGCAAGGAGCAGAUCGAGUGGAAGAUCAAGUACAAGAAGUACAAGCCGCUCACGCAGGCCAAGACCUGUGCCCACUGCAAGGAGCGCACGGUGAAGAAGGCCUACCAUGUGGUCUGCCGGGACUGCGCCAUCAAGGCGCACGCCUGCGCCAAGUGCCUGAAGAGUGCCGACGAGGUGGCCAUCGAGGAGGCGCAGCCCACGCCGCGCGAGGAGCAGCAGCUGCAGGCGGAGAUGGACCGCCUGGUCAAGUCCUUCUCGGAGCGCAAGCGACGCGCCUUCCUGCGCUACAUGAAGAAGGGCAAGAAGCAGCCGGCCCAGGAAGAGCUGGACGGGCAGGACGAGCAGCAGCUAGAGGCCCAGGAGAAGGCCAAACGGGUGGCACACACACGCGACGAGCUGCUGGACAAGAUCAAGCAGCUAAAUCUUGCUGGCGAGGAUGAAGAGGACGAGGAGGACUCGGAUUUCGAUUCGGAGGAGGAUGACGACUCCGACUUCGAUUCCGAGGAGGAGGAGGAUGAUGACAGUGUGGAUGAGCCACAAAAACCUGUCCCUGAGAAGCCAACCAAGGCGAAAUAAACACUAUUUUUUUCAUAAUCUAA